UGCAAAAGUCAAAAUCCUGGUGAAUGCGUUUUCCGAUGGAGAAUGGUUUAAUCGGUGCUACGACGGAGUAAAUGCAGUGUUUCGAUGCGUGUGAGCAUGACCGAGUAUUUAAGCAGUGACAAACGAACCGCUGAUAGUGUGGAGAAAGAGUUGAGGGCGAAAAAUGACGAAUUUUGUGCGCAUCAGCCCGCUGCUAGUGCAGUAACAAAUCGCGGCGGGGGUGGUGGCUCCAACGCUAGUGGAUUUCCACGAAUUACCGCCAAUAACAGUCACGACAGCAACAGUGUCGACAUGAUUAACAACAGCAGCGGCACGAUUUCAUCAGUGCCGCCUCAAAGGAUGAGUUCUGGUGUUGUGCAUCCGGGUACAACGGGUGGGGGAGGCGGCAGCGGUAGCGGCGGCGGUGGCGGCGAAUCUUCUAACCAAGCCUUACCCGAUUCCUCGGUGUCUCAAAUCGUACCCGAAGAAUCGGCCGCCGAUUUUUCCACCCAAUCGAUGACGACGGUGAACGCUCCUCCGCCGACCGUGGACGGCGGCGGUGAGCAAAGCAAACAAAGCAGCCACCAGCAGCAGCCAGCGAAUCACCAUGCGACGGCAAAAAUGAUGGCUAAAAAUAAUGAAAGAUCAACCCCCGUAAAGGACAACAACGGAGACGUUCGCAGCGUGGAAAAUGGUUUAUUAAAGUCACAGAAGAAGAAAAAGAGCAAAGACAAAGAACGCGAUCGGGAUCGUGACCGUGAUCGGGAUCGUGAUAGGGAUAGGAAAAGGCGCCGCUCAGAGGAUAAAGCAACGGUUGCUGUAUCUAGCAACAAUCAGCCUGCUGUUAUGGAAGGGAACAGCUUGUCAAGAAGCAAUCUAAAUUCCACAAAACAUGGAUCAAAUCAAACUGCGGAUGCGGUUGCAAACGGUGGUGCCAUGCCAUCUUCACCUUCAUCGUCUGCGACACACAGUGUUGGAUUCGCGGCAAUAUCAGUGCAAAACAAGGAAAAUCAUCACCGACAGGUGGCGGAUUUUGCCGCCGCUAAUCACGGACUGAAGAGAGAACUUUCGAUCGAAACAUCCUCCGUUCCCCCAACUCUAAUGUUGCACAGUGCCGCAGGUAUUGUUGGUUCUCCGGCAGCAGCGGCAGCGGUAGUCGCUGCCGCAGCCGCUAGUUCGGGAACACCGAUAUCACCGAUAAACUUGCUGCUGAAUCUCGAACGCAGCAAAAAUGAGCUGACCCACGCGAAUAUGAAAAAGCAGGAUGUGUUUAUUAAGAAAGAAUAUCUCCCGGCCAAGACUAAGCUAUUGAAGAUCGAUAAAACACGUGACGAUGUUGCAAGAGCGUUAAAUUUUGGCGCCGAUACGUUAGACGGUGGUGAACAGCAGGGGACAGGAGACAAACAAAACGCGGUAACGGGCCAGACAACUUCUUCAAGCACACCAGCACCAGCAAAUACAACUUUGAACGGCAAUAACGACGGUAGUAACAGUACCUUACAAAACAGUAAGCCCAUCAGUGGUGGUAACCUCAUAUGCAUUGCAAACGUAACAAAUAUGACCAGCAACAACAGUACAAUUCCAGCGUCCAGCAACCUUCAGCAAGCAAAUAGUAAGCCGAACUCCUCCAACAUCUUGAUCAAAAUUGAGUCACCGAAGAAUGUCGAGGAAAAGGUGCCCCCAUCUUGCCUGUUGCCCAUAAAGAAAGAGGUAAUGAAUCACAGCAUCCCGGCAUCAGUUGCCUCACCGUCUACUAUCAUGACGAUGACGACGACGACGACGAUGACAUCGGAUCUGAACAAAACAGUUUCCACACCAAAUCACAAAGAACACUUGAUUGAUGGUAACCAUGGUAGUGCUACUACGGCUGGUUCCGUUACAACGAGCAUAAAAAAGGAAAAACAGGAUCCGGAUGAGGCGCCGAUUGAAACGUGUACUCCGAUCAAAACAAGCUCAAGCAAAAGCAGCACAAAUCAUACACCAGCAACCGGAACAGGAUCCGCAACAGUUGCAUGCGGUACGCCUGGUGUAGCUGCAUCACAUUCGGCACAUAAGAGUGUUGGUUCGAGCAGCAGUCGUAGCGAGUGCUCCCGUUGUUACAAACGAUCGCGUAUCAAACGAGCCAACAUUGGCAUCCAAUGUCGCCGAGGUGGAUCGAAUGAUCAUCAUCGUAGCACGACAGCGGCAACCCCACAGCACGCCGUCUCGAUGUUGAACGAGUCCACCGCUCGGAUAGGGUCAAUUAACCGCAACACCAACUGUGGAUCGAGGAUAAAGCAACUCGAGGGCCUCAAGUACGGACACUUUAUGCGCAUCGAAGUCCACCCGAACGGUGGUGCCUCGGUCGUACACAUGUAUCAGGAUGAAAUCGCUACACUAUCCGAAACCGAGAUGGAGGAACUGGUGAACGAGUUUUUCCAGGUGGUUUUUGCGGAAGAUAAGGACGGUUACGCCAAUCAUGUCAUGGGGAUCGUGCAUGAUGCCGCCGCCUAUCUACCGGAUCUGCUCGAGCACAUGGCAGAAAACUAUGCCAACUUAACGGUGAAAGCCGGAGUUUUGGGACGAAACUCAGAUAUUGAAACAUGCACCAUGAGUCAGUACAACGAACAGGUUCUUAAAAAUUAUUCUCACGGCACCGUUCGAUACGGACCUUUACAUCAAAUUAGUUUAGUCGGUAAGGUCCACGAAGAAGUAGGUGGAUAUUUUCCUGAUCUCUUAAAGCGGCUGGAAGAUAAUAAAUUUCUCAACAAGGCCAUGCCAUGGGGAGAGCUGUCAAUAGUGCAAAUGGAUCCUCGGUUAUCAAACGACGGACCAAUCCUGUGGAUACGACCAGGCGAGCAACUGGUGCCUACUGCAGAAAUCAACAAGACACCCCUUAAGCGUCAGAGGACACGGAUAAAUGAGCUGAGGAAUCUACAGUACCUUCCCCGGCUAUCGGAGGCUCGUGAGACGAUGAUCGAAGAUCGUACAAAGGCUCAUGCCGACCACGUAGGCCAUGGACAUGAUCGAAUGACAACAGCAGCUGUUGGAGUACUGAAGGCGGUAAGAUGUGGGAUCCCGGAUGAGAUCAAUCGUAUCACAAAGGAUGUAGUGGCCUUCGAUGCGCACUGUUUUCCACAUCUGGUGGAAAAAUUACAGCUAGACCUGCACGAACCACCGAUCUCACAGUGCGUCCAAUGGGUUGAGGAUGCUAAAUUGAACCAGUUACGACGAGAAGGGAUACGGUACUCGCGGAUAUCGCUCUAUGAUAACGAUAUCUACUUUUUGCCCCGCAACAUCAUCCACCAGUUCCGCACAGUGACCGCCGUGACGAGCAUAGCGUGGCAUCUUCGGCUAAAGCAGUACUAUCCCGAUCAGGACAUCGUACAGGAGAUUGCCAAUGGGUACGAGGUUGAUCCGCCCCACUACAAGGAAAAGCAAACGAUCCUACCCCACCCAAUAUCGGCGACGGAUGAGAAGAAGCACACACCAGUUAAACGCACGCACGAUGGUAAACCAAAGAAAUUGGAGCAGAAGAAAGAAGUGGAGGUGCCGCUUGCUAUCAGCCCCGAGAAGGGAUUGAAAAAGUCUUCGUCGAGUGAAACGGUUGAGAAGCUGGUAGCACAGGAAAUGAAAAUCGAUAUGCGGAAGCUGAUCCGCGACGAUAAGGAUUCGCCAGCUAUAGCCGACGAUCGCUCGCCUAGAACGCCUAAGAAAUCGGCAUCGAAUGAUGGCAAAAGCUUUUCCCGAACUAGCAGCACUACCGGGUCCACAUCCUCACACAAACAGCAACAGCACUAUGGAAGCGAGAGCGGUAGCAAGAGUGCCGAUUCGAAAGGUGGCGAUUCAAAGCGUCACUCAAACGGUGAUCACAAACGAUCGAAGGAUUCCGAUCGUGAUCGUAACAGGAGCCGUGAUCGAGAUCGGAAAAAGCGGGAUAAAAAGGAUCGCGAUCGCGAUCGGGAUCGAGAACGAGAUCGCCAUCACGAUCGACCGCGGGACAGCGACCGUGAUCGUGAUCGUGAAAGUGAGCGGGACCGUGAUCGCGAUCGUGAGCGUGACAGAGAUCGUGAGCGAGAUCGUGAGCGGAAUCGAGAUCGAGAGAAGGACAGGCGGAGCCAUAAGACCAACCACAAUUCUUCAUCGUCCUCGUCGUCGUCCAGCAGAAAAUCUUCAACUACCAAUGCCUCUUCCUCUCAUAGUCAACGAAAGGAUGAGCUGCCAGCCGCAGAGAAUGCCUCUGGAAUGCCCAAGGUAGUGCCACAUUCAACCACUUCCUCGAGCGUUAGCAGCAAUAGCAGCAUUCAUCGCGAGUCUUCCUCUACCAUGACGAAAGAGAAGGAACAACCGUCACAACCAUUACCAAUGGUUGCUCCUCCAAAGGUGCUUGAUAAAAGUGGAUCUAAAGAUGCGAUAACUGAAAAUGCACCGCAAACGGACACCGAUGGUGCUGAUGCAGUGCCAAAGGAUGUAAUUGCGGACCAGCAAAAGCCGGUAAACAAACAGAACGAAACAGAUGGUGGAGAUGAUUGCAUUAACAAUUAUAAUACUGUGAUAAAUGGUAAUGAUUCGGAGGAAAGCCCCACUACUCUGGACGGAGCACAGUCUGUCCGCGCUGAACAAAAGUGCACAACAGUAGACGCUGACUGUAGGCCGCAGUCUGCCAGAGAAGAUAUCGAUGCCGUUCGACGCGUGAUCGUGUUGCCGCAAAUAAAAGAUGCUUCUUCUCUGCAGCACACACAGCCACACCCGCCUCUGCCGGCUGUAUGCUUGCAGCAACCACAACCUCCGCUUCCUGUUUCUUCACCACCAGUGGUACCGCCUCCACCACCACCCCAAGAACAAGCCGGGUCGCCUAAGCAAAGUGACACAUCAACACCAAAAAUCAAACAACACGUAUCAAACGCAAAUAACACUCACAGCAAUAGCAGUAGCACCAGCAGCGGCGCCAACAGUAGCAGCGAAAGCAGCAAUAACUCCAGCACCGUCGCUACCAAUAGUAAAGCUGGGACCGCUUGUGCUGCGGAUCAAGAUCUAAAAAG